GCCAGAAGCGCGCCAGUGAGAGCAGUAACGCAGCGUGGAUUCUAGCCUGUCAGCGACAGCGACGACAAGGCGGACACGAUCUUGAGCGGUCGCUGAAACGACCGACUAUCAUGGACGUCGACCAGCGACUCGACAUUCGCAGCAGCAGUAGCAGCAGCAGUCGUAGUAGUGGCUCCAGCGCGACCUCGGACAACGACAGCGACAUUGAGUUUACAGUCGAUCAAGACGAUGCGAGCAAGCGGUCGGCAGCGCUCGAUCCGCUGGCGUGGGCACCGGUCCUCGUCGCCGUCGUCGCCAUCCCCACCGACGUCAUCACAGUUCUAUGGGGCUGCCAGCACCCGCACAUCGACUGCAAUAUAGGGUACCCAACACUCGGCGUGGCCGCGCGCCACCGGCCGCAACUGUAUGUCUACCUCGUUGGCACCGUUGUCGCGAGCGUGCUCUUCCUGGCGACUGCCGCACUCUUUGCGUGGUUCCUGCACUUGUCGCUGCCGCCGACGCACCGGUGGCUGGCGAUCAGCGUCCUGCUCGGUGGCGCGCUCACGGCCAUCUUGCUCGUCGUCGCUGCCAUCCACGACACGCGGGGACAUCCCGCCGGCCUCUCACUCGCCUCCGCCACGAGCUUUCUCACGACGUGGGUAACGCUACUUCGCAUGCAGCAUGCACGCCGCACCGCCUUUCUCUUGCUUCGGACCAAGGACGCGACCGAGCGCCACCAUCGCAUUCGCGGCAUUGCGAUCGGCGAGUACGCUAUCGUGCUGGGUGCGAUCGCGUCCGUCGCCUAUGUCGUCACGGCGUUGGUCACAAGCAGCAGCGCGUGGUGGACCAAGCUGCUCGGGCCGGCCGCGUACGAAGGCCUGGUCGUUGCCAGCUGGAGCGCGCUCGUGGCCUCCUUUGCAACCGAAAUUGGACGGCUCAGCCGGUUGGUCGAACAGCACGAUUUGGAAGCGCUUUCGCGCCAAAAGUAAUCCACGUUGAAACGAUCCACCAUAUCAAUAUAUUUCCCGCCAAAACGUC